UAUAAAAGUUAUCCAGCAUUUAUAGAGUGUAAAAUGGUGGAAGUGAAUAAAAAUAAAAGGCUACAAUCUCAAAGAAACAGAGAAGGUGGAGUGAAAAUGUAGGCCUAGGUUUUGCCGUAGCCAUCGGCCUUGAUUAGGCCUAACAUAAAUGAUUCCUGUGGUGUGUUGUUACCAGGAAAACAAUCUGUGGAUCAAUCAAACGAAUCGUACGGAUGGUAUCAGUGGAAACCCCAUGCCAACUGCCGUGGCCAGUUCACCUGGCGGCGCAAUCAGCCCAAUUGGAUACCCCCGCGAGCCCUUCCCGGUGGCCGAGACGUUGAUGGAAACACCUCUCUACGUAGGCCGAGCCAUGCACGAGGGUGACCUACUUCCAGCCAAGGUGCGGGCCGAUGGCAUGACAGCAUAUGUGUCCUACGGAGGUCGGGAGUUUCCAGAACACCAGUUCGAGAUACUAGCCAGCCAUCACGUGGCUUGGCAACACUCCAGCAACGGUGAGAUCAACAACCAGGCGAUGGUGGUGGGCAACACUAGGCAGGGAGAGCCGCUGUACGCUGGCCGGGCUUGGUAUAAUGGCUCCAUCACCCUAGGAAAGGUGCAUCCCAGCCACAAAUGUCUGUACAUCCCGUUCAACGGUCAAGAAAUCAGAAUCAACGAAUAUGAGAUCAUGUUAUUGUUGUAAAUAUCAAAGGAUUCAAUUACUUAUUGUCUUGUAGUAAUAAAAAUAUUAUAUUCAA